AUGGUCACGACCUUGAACGGCGCCAACCACAACACGACUGACGUGCCCGUUUCUCGCAGUAUAAAAGACCUCGCUCAUAGGUCUCUCUCCCUUCACUACCUCAAUACGAACAUCCGCACUCCCUCACACUCUUACACGAUGGGUAGCUUCGUCGAAGCAGGCUGGCACGUCGCUCGCGAACUAUAUUUUGCGGGACGUGAGUGUGGGAUUCUCGUAAACCCUUCUCCGGAGCACGAAUGGCAGCGGUACGUGCGCCAUGUUCGGUGUGAAAUCUGCACAGACGAACGUGCCGCGGCGGCUUGGAAGCUAGGGUUCACGUCUGCCCUCGAGUAUCUACACACGAACAAUGUCCAACGCAACCCACCCCAACCUACACUAUUGUCCACGCCACCAAGGGCACAGACGCUGUCUACGACAUCUGCGAAUGGUGCUUCCGAGCCCCAAAGGGUUCGGACUCAGGACCUUUCGGAGACUGCUGCCGUCAAGGUCGAAGACGUCGAAUACGAUGAAUUGGUAUACGAACCUAUAGAGGAUAAGCUAACGGAUUUGGUUCCAGACGCGGCAACUUUAGCCGUGCUCGAUUGUUUUCUUGUCAGAUGGGACGAGCGAUCCGGGGCGGGCUUGCGCCACGCCAUCGACCAGCGGGGAAACCCGGCUUUGACACCUGCUAUGCUGUACACCGAUGUCGCAGCUCAACCUGAUGGCAACAAGUACAAAGCUGUUGAAAAGAGCGGCGACGCGAAGAUAUUGUGCCCCGUAUGCCUCAAAACGUUCGUGAAUUUGAGGGUUACUGAGCGACACAUCGACGGCUUCUUGUUUUCGAAGGACGCUGUUUCGCCCGAGCAUAUCGAGUACGCGAAGAGCAGUCAGUAUGCAAGCAUUAGGAAGUCCGCGCCGUUGAAGGACCCUGGAUCGUGUCCUUUCUGCGCCAAGCAAAUUCAAGGCGGAAGGGGCGACUCGUUGAAGAGGCACAUAGGGAUGUGUCAGGCGCAUAAUGCGGUCUAG